AUGAGGGCAUCUGAGCUCAAACUUCGAUCCGCUGAACAAAUCAUCAGAGAGAAGGAGAGGGAAAUUGCACGUUAUAAAUUCGCUGAUAGGAUCCGUGCGGUGAUUGUGAGUGGAGACACCCCAAAAGCUUCGGACAUUGCUGAAAUGGAGAGAAUUUUGGAAGUUUGGAAAAGUUCUCUUGUUCCGACUACGAAUGAAUAUGGUAUGGUACCUAAUGUUCAGCGCGGGGAUCGAAGAUAUGUCUUCCUCAAAAACUGUUUCAAUGCUUUUUGCUACCUUUGUUUUUGUUAUUGUUCUGUCGGAUCGUUAAAUCUUGUUGAAUCUACUACUAGAAUAAUUGAAGUUGGACGGGGCAAACACAAAUUGGAGGGUGAUAAUGUGAUUCUGAGUGAGCGUUCGAGGAUUGCUGAAAGGGAGGACACGAAAGACUACAACAUUCUAUCACCGGAAGAAUCGUGUGAUUUGCACAUCGAUUACAAUAACAAUAUAAUUGUGUACUUUCAGGAAGAUGGAGAUUGUAUUGUGGACUUUAUUGUUGAAGAUUCGGAUAUUUUAAACUUUUUCGAUACUUCAUAUACCGUUGAAUUCACUAUGGUAUUGUAUAAUUACAACGAUUCAUUAUCUAAGUGUUUAGCUAAUUGUUCUGAUUUUGAAUUAAUGAAUACAAAUAUGUAUGUCCAUUACUAA